CUGCAGCGUUCCUCCUCAAGAGUAGCUCACACCAAGCACCAAGCACCAAGCACCACCCAACGCACUUCCAAGGCCGCCUACCAAGCUUCCACCAAGGUACCUUGGUUAGCCAAGCCCCCAGCCCCAAGAUGGGUUUUCUCAAUCGCAAGAAUCCGGAUGCUCCAAGCGAGAUUUUGAAUUGGCGUCUUUGGUAUGGCGUGUUUGUGUUUGGAUUGAUGGGAGCGGCUCGUGGGGUUGAUGAAGGCCUUAUUGGCACGACAUCCACCCUCCCGAGUUUCUCCAAGACGUUCGGACUGAAAGAUAAAAGUCUCACGAAAGCAGAGCAAGCCGAUCGACUCAGCAACAUCACGUCCAUGGUGCAAUUGGGAAGCAUCGGAGGAGCGUUGAUCGCAUUCUAUGUUACCGAUAAAGUGGGCCGGCUCUGGGCUACGAGACAAUUGUGCUUGGUCUGGGUGUUGGGCAUUUCCAUCUUCUUGGCUGCAGGCAAGAGCGGUCAUUUGGGCAUGGUCUACGCGGGACGAUUCAUUGCGGGAUUGGGAAUUGGACAGACGACGGUCGUUGCACCGACGUACCUUGCAGAGAUCAGUCCCAAGUUCACGCGUGGACUCUGUGUUUGCAUGUUCUCGGGAUCCGUCUAUCUCGGAAUCAUGCUCGGCUACUUCUCCGUCUGGGGCUGCUCGUUGCACAUCUCGCCCGAUACGCAAAUGCAGUGGGUGAUUCCCAACAUGUUGCACAUCUACUUCGCGGCGAUCAUAUUCAUCACUUCGUUCCUCGCGGUCGAAUCGCCUCGAUGGCUCCUGAAAGUGGGCAAGGUGGAGCAAGCAGUGAAGAAUCUUUCCACACUUCGUCAUCUUCCCGAGGAUCACUGGUAUGUUCAGGCCGAGAUUAUGGAUGUCAAGGAUCAGCUGGAACGUGAGCGAGAGGCGACCAUGGGUACCAAGUGGUAUGGAGUGAUUCGCGAGCUUGUUGGAACGGCUGCCAAUCGCUACCGCCUCAUGCUUUCGGUGUUCUCUCAACUGCUCAGUCAAUGGUCUGGUGCCAACAGCAUUACAAUCUAUGCGCCAGAAUACUUCGCACUCGUUGGUCAGACUGGUUCGAACGAGAAGCUCUUCGCGACGGCCAUCUUCGGUGUCGUAAAAUUCAUCUCUGCACUUCUCUGCGCCUUCUUCCUGAUCGACUACGUUGGACGCAAACGUUCUCUGAUGAUUGGCAUCACCCUCCAAUUUGUCGCGAUGCUGUACAUGGCCGGCUUCCUCUUGGCCAAUAGCAAUGUGGAAGAUCUUGAUAGCCAGCCCGCACCAAUCAAGAGAGCAGCUACGGGUGCAAUCGUGAUGAUCUACUUGAGUGGCUUCGGUUGGGCUAUGGGCUGGAACUCGAUCCAAUAUCUGAUCAACUCCGAAAUCUAUCCACUACGACUUCGAGCGAUCGGAGGAUCAUUCGCCAUGACGUUCCACUUCGUCAACCAAUAUGGCAACUCCAAGGCCGUCCCCGAGAUGUUCUUGGGCAUGACCCACGGGGGUACCAUGAUGUUCUUCUGCGCCGUCACCUUGGUGGGCCUGGCAUGGGCGUGGUUUUUCUUGCCCGAACUGGCCGGAAAGAGUCUGGAAGACUGUGAUGCCGUGUUCCAGCUGCCAUGGUAUGUCAUUGGCCGCAAGGGCAAGCAGUUGAGUGCGGAGAUGGUGGGCGCACUCGAGCAGUUCCAGGAGAAAUCAGCGAUUGAGGAAGCGGAGGUGGUGGAGAAUGUGCAAGAUGUCCAGCGCAAGUCGUGAGGAGGAGGAGGAAGCCAUUGGCACCGGACCAGCCACAGUAGUAACACAAGUUGUCGAAAAAGGUGGUGGGAGUCGGUUUAGAAGAAGAAAAUCAUCGAAGUACAGGAUGUAGUGGACGGUAACGCUCUGACGAUGUCAUAUGACCAUGAUUCUAUGAGGUGUGAUACAAUUUGUGGGGAAGGCAAGCUCAGCUUGAACUACUGCACCUACCUUACCUUAGCUCUCUAUACCCUUCUUGACCCCAUCCAAACACAUAUCAAAC